GGAUCCUGUGUGUGUGUGUGCUUGCGUGUGUGUGUGUGUGUGCGUGUGUGCGCGCGCUACGAAAGCAGCCUGUAUGCACGCGCGCUUACUUCUCCAUCGUUGACACACGGGCGUGUUAUUUUAAACCGCAACACUGCCAUAAAGAAAAGAAAAAACCUCGCUAUUUAGCAUCCAUUUCAUCCAGCAAUUAAAAACUCAGAGUCCACGUUGAAUUCAUACGGAUUACUUAGUUAUAGGUGCAUAAGGGAAAACCGAGUGAUGGCAAUGUUUCUAACCAAGGAGAUCAUCUUCGUGUUUCUUUUCCUUGGCAGCGCAGCCUCUCUCCAAGUGAACAUAAUACCUGCACAAGGAGAAGCCAGUGUCGGAGAGUCCAAGUUCUUUUUGUGUCAAGUUGUCGGCACAGUGAAAGGAAUCGACUGGUUCUCACCAAGCGGAGAGAAGAUUGAAUCCAGCAGGCAGGACAUUACAGUGACCCGCAACGACGAGAUAUCCUCUACGCUAACUAUCUACAAUGCUAACGCUGAUAAUGCCGGCACUUAUAAGUGUGUAGCCACCAGCGGAGACCAGCAAGCUGAGGCUACAGUGAACGUGAAGAUAUUCCAAAAAAUUUCCUUCAAAAACGCCACAUCACCACAGGAGUUUACAGAGGGCGACGACGCCGUCAUCGCGUGUGACGUGAUCAGCUCUCCGCCACCCACAAUCACAUGGAAACACAAAAGGGAAAAAAUCCAGUACGAAAAAGACGUUCGAUUUAAGACUUUGAACAACAACCACCUGCAGAUCAGAGGGAUAAGAAAGGCAGAUGAAGGAGUGUACACCUGCGAGGCACGCAUUAUGGCUCGAGGCGAGAUUGACUUCCGUGAUAUCAGAGUUGUAGUGAACGUUGUUCCCACUAUCAGAGUACGACAAGUCCAAGUAAAUGCCACCGCCGACAUAAGCCACUCUGCCAUGCUGGCUUGCGAUGCAGACGGCUUCCCCGAACCCACAAUCACAUGGACGCGUUCUCCCAGGAGCGAGGUUCUUCUAGAGAGCGGGAACAAGUACAGCUUCAAUGACGACGGCUCAGAGAUCACAAUAAUGGAUGUGAAGAAGUUGGAUGAAGGAGAUUACACCUGCAUCGCCAGGAACAAAGCCGGGACGAGCGAAGAAGAAGUCAGCCUCCAAGUUUUCGUGAAACCCAAAAUCACAUUCUUGGAAAACCAGACCACUACGGAAAUGGAGGAGCAGAUCAGGCUGACGUGCGAAGCCACAGGAGACCCGACACCCAGCAUCACCUGGAGCUUCGGGGAGCACAUCUUUCCCGAAGGAGAACAGGAGCAUCUAAAGAGGAUUUAUCAGGCAUCUUGGACUCGACCUGAACAGCACAAGAACAUUUCUUCCAGUAAAGCAAGGCAAUUGUGGAACAACCAACAGCAUGUGCAACGGCUAAUGAGUGAAGAUGGAAGUGUGGUGGUGCGCAGUGACUUCCGUGUCUCCUCUCUGACACUUAAGUAUGUCGAGUACACCGACGCUGGACAGUAUCUCUGCACAGCCAGCAACCCAGUAGGCCAGAGCUCCCAGUCUACGUUCCUAGAAGUGAAAUACGCGCCAAAAAUCCUGGGCUCAGUGACAGUCUACACGUGGGAGGGGAAUCCUGCCAACAUCAGCUGCGAGAUCCUGGCUCACCCCAGUGAUGUGUCUAUCAUGUGGCUGCGAGAUGGCCUCCAGCUGCCCAACGCUAACUCCACCAACGUCAAAAUCUAUACCACCCCCAAUGCCAGCUACCUGCAGGUUAACCCGGACUCCCAGAACGACUUUGGCAGCUACAACUGCACGGCUUCUAAUGAGAUCGGGACUGAAUCCAAAGAGUUCAUCCUGAUUCAGGCUGAAGUUCCCUCGGCUCCGAGCCUCACUAUGGUGAAACCCUACUCAAGCACGGCUGAGGUACUGUUCGAUGUUCCUGAAGCUCUUGGAGGAGUUCCUGUGCUCAAGUACCGUGCCGAGUGGAGAGCAGCAGGGAAAAACAAAUGGGUCCAGCGCGUCUAUGAAGUCCGAGAAGUGCUGAGUGCAAUCACAAUCACGGGCUUAAAACCAGACACGAAGUAUGAAGUCAAGAUGUCUGCUAUCAACGGCAAGGGAGAAGGCGAGAGCAGCUCUAUAGUCGCCUUCAAGACAGAGCCUGUUCAAGGGGAACCAAGUCCCCCAAAAUUGGAAGGAACCCCACAGUCUAAAGGCAAUGCACUCAAGGUGCAGUGGAUCAAGCAGGAUGACGGUGGCUCACCCAUCACACACUACCUCAUCCGGUACAAAGCUAAAGGGGAUUUGGAAUGGAAAGAUGAGCUCCGUGUCUCAAGCUCAAGUGGACACGUGCUCCUCAGCGGCCUGGACUGGAACACAGAGUAUGACGUGACGGUGGUGGCCGAGAACCAGCAGGGCAAGUCGAAGCCUGGCUCACUGAACUUCCGCACAUCCUCUGAGCCCUCCGCCACACCAGACUACAUUGAAGACAGUUCAGGCCUGAGUACAGGGCUGAUUGUUGGGAUCCUCAUCCUGGCGUGUGUGGUCCUGUUGUUAGCCAUCGACGCCACCUGCUGCUUUGUCAACAAGUGCGGCUUGCUAAUGUGUCUCUGUGGCAAACCUGGGACCAGUCCAAAGAGUAAAGACGUAGAGACAGGAAAGGCUGCAUUUGUGAAGGAGGACACCAAAGAGACUAGGACUGAGGAUGGGCUCACAGCCAAUCAUGAUGUAGGGGGACACGCUGAGCCAAAUGAGACGACACCCCUAACUGAGCCAGAGCGACAGCCAGAAGUCACAUCUACCGUGGUGGACCUCCCCCUGUCCUUGGCCACCAACUCAGACACAAUCACUGACACGUUUGACUUGAGUCAGUGCAGCCCUGUUAGUGAGAGCACCACUCUCACCUCCAGCCUCACAGCUCCUCCCUCUGAUCCCAAAUCUGCCCCUAAAACCUGCUCCCAGCCCUUAGACACUUCACUGAUCUCAUCUGAUCCUCCUUUAGUCGAUCUGGCUGAUUCCCAGACCAUUAAUCAAUCAGCUGGUCAGAUUAAAUCUACAGAACUUGACACCCAGGCUUCACCUUCUCUUGCUCUUAGCACAGAGAAAGAAGCCAGAGAUCUGGAGGCAGAGCCAAUGCUUUUAGAAAGUCCAUGUGAGCCCAGAAUGCCUGUCACUAAUACACAGACCAACGGUGCUCCUCCUUCCUCAGAGGACCUUGUGCUCCAAAUAGAUGGAGAUGCACCACUGGCACAUUUCCCACAGGAUGGCUUACACUCUCUGGCUACAGCUGAUCCGUCGGCUCCGCAAAAUGAAAAAAUCCUAGAGGAUGGAGAGAUUAAAGCUGAGGAAGAUGAGCUGAAGAAGGUCCAGCCAGAAGCACUGGCAGAACCAAAUGCGAUAUCGCAAACAAACGCCUCUGAGACUAAGGCAUGAUCCGGCAAGCCCAAAGACGAAAGCGACAACGUCACAACGAACACGCAAAUGUUCUUUCUACAGUGCCCUUAAUGAUCUUUUUUCUUUCUUUCUGAAGCAACAAAGUAUAUCAGAAGCUUGUACAUUUUUAAGACUGAAAUCUGGUGUACAUAAUAUAUGUAUGCCUUUUUCCAUUUUGUGUUCGUUUCUGUUUAAUGAAGCAAAACCUCAACGCGUUUCUGUUGCUCUUUUUCUUGAGUUUGCUGCAAAUUACAAGUUCAGUAGAUUUAAAGAGGCUGUUUAUUAAAACCAGUCAUCCUGCAUUCAGGUGAAUCACGGCAUAUAUCCGACGACGGUCUAGAUUUUAUUUUAUUUUAUUUACAUAUUUGUUGCAAUGGAAAUGAUUACUCCUAUUUUAUAUCGAAGUCUUCUGAGGGCUACUCUUGUUUGAUUGCAAAUUUUGUUUACAGUCUGUUUUUCUCUUGUUUGUUAACCAGUGUGUUUGUAAAUGUAAUGUAAAAGCCACUAUAUUACAUAAUGCAGUAAAACACAGCGAAUGAGUGGUCUUCUAAUCGCCAUUAAAGAUUCAUUUAUAUUCUUUUAUUUCACAUUUACAUGUAUUAUUGUUGUUAUUCUUAAUGCUUCGCUGAAGCUGGGAGUUUAAUUUAUUUCGUUUUUUGUUUUUUUUUCCCCCCAAACAUGCUAGUGCAACUUCUGACUUCUGAUAUAUCCUACCGUUUUUAUACCAUGUACCUCCAGGUGAAACGUUUGUAUUACACAGCUGACUGCAAGCUUGUGCACUGUGUUUGUGUAUUCUGUACGUUUUUUUGAGAAUAUCUGCCUAACUUAAUGGUAAAAGGUAGCUGAAUUUACUUUGAUAUUACAUUAUGUAAAUGGAUAGCUGACAUAUGUCUGUGUAAACGAGGAUCAGUACCAAACUCCUUUCAUUCAAAGUGUUCUUUAUUCUCCACCGUCAAUUGCAUGAGUGUUCUUUGCCCAUCACUGAUGUUCCAGGAAAAAGUGUAGGGCACAGAUGGCAGAUUUGAUCUACUGUAUAUGUGCAUGCCCAGAGCUGUGUGUAGGUUGAUUUUUGGUGUUCAGCGUGCUAUAUAUAUUUCCAUCUAACAGCAAAUUUCCAGCCUCUGGGGUACAAAUAAGAACAGUGUAACUAUCUGUGCUCAAGGUAUCAUUAAUCAUUAUUAUUUUUAUUAUUAUUUUUCCCACUUUCAAUAUAUUCAAAAGGCAGUCUAACCAAACAGUGUACCUUGUAUUUUUGAGAUGGAUUCUUUUGAAGAAGUAAUGUAAGACAGUGAGUAAAACUGUGCUUUUACCUGUUAAGCAUCAAAAACAUGUUAUAACUUGUGUUGUUCUAACACAUUUUGAUUAAACUAAUCAAAACGCAAGUCUA